CGAGACAGCCCUUAUUGGAUGAUUGAAGAAUUAUAUAUACCAGAGGGAAUGCGAUCAAGCUCCAUAUUAUUGUUAAACUCGUGAAUCAUCUUUCCUUACCCCUGUGUAACCCUUUCCAUCAUGUCAUUGCUCGCCGUCAUUCCCGGUCAUGGAGAUGAUGAAUUAUGCGUGGGGCAGAUCUAUAUACUGUCCAUUCUCUACACUAAUGAAGUCCUGACUGCUGUUGAUUACCAGGAUCUGAAACUAAGGCCAUUCGACAAUAGUCGCAAUCAGAUGUGGCGACUUGAUCCACAUGUUGAGAACAGACAGACAUUCGCCAAUGUCGAAACCGGCCACUCUCUUGGCGUAAACCGGACGCAUGGCUACUUCUGUUGUAAAUGGGACAGCUAUGGCCCAGGAGAGCAGUUUACAUUCGUCCCUCAGAAAACUGGUGGCUAUCGCGUGUAUAAUCAUAAUGGCAACCGGCCAGCAUUAGUCACACGGCAAGAGAACGAGGAUUUCCUCCGAACUACGACUCUUGGAAAUGCUUUUGUAACGAUUGGUGUUCACUGUGCUGAAGACACAAUAUUAUAUGGUUCAGAAAGAAACAUAUUGUCGCAACCUUAUCCCACCAAUUAGUACUUGCAACCACCUAGUGGAUAGCAAAAGGGCUGCUGGCUUUUUGUAACAAGGAGAAGUGGCUCUAGAAUUGUCCAUCUAGGACGAUGGAAGCAGAGGAAGAGAUCACCAUUGCGGCACCAUGUUCUUUGUUUGUUAUUGCGAUAGCACUCCCGUCUAUGCAAACAGCUGCCGUGGCCUUUCGAUUAAGAGAUCAAUAUCGUAAAGAGCCGCCGAUAUGUCAUCUAUAACCUACGAGUGAAUCU